CGAGCUCAAUAGAGACCCCAGACAGCAUCUUUCAAAAACACUCGACCAAAAAAGAAACACCCAAAACACGCAAUGGCCCAAGAGGAGAUUGCGACGCGAGCUCCCGAGAGCGAUGCGCAGGAGGACUCUACUGUGACCACAGAGCAAAGCACCCAAUCUACUCCUCCCAUCGCAACGCCAGCUACAGUCCCAAGCAUGGGUGACCACUGCACCUCCGACCGACCGACUCCCUCCGGAGCCCUCCCCUCAGGUGAACUCACCACCCUAAACAACGUCCCCGUCUACAUCGCCAAACCAGCCGACUACCCGCACUCGCCCUCAAAACUCCUCCUCCUCCUCACCGGCGGCACAGGCCUGCACUCGCCCAACAACCAGCUCCAAGCCGACCAAUUCGCCUCGCAAGGCUACCUCGUCGUGAUGCCGGACCAAUUCGACGGCGACCCGGCGCCCAACGCCGUCGACAUGACAAAAAUCGAGGAGACGACGUCGUGGCUCGAGUCGGUGAAGCUGCGGACCGCAGAGGGCGUCAAGGCCUUCAUGAUCGAUAUGUGGCUGGCGCGACAUACGCCGGAGAAGGUGCUGCCGUUGUUGAGGAAGGUGGUGGAGGGGGGGAGGGAGGAGUUUGCCGACGCCGUGGCGAAUGGAGGAGGCAUCUAUGGCGUCGGGUAUUGCUUUGGGGCAAAGUAUAUACUCGUGCUGGCCGGGGAGCAGGCAGAUGCGGAUGCGGCGCAGGCGCCGAGGGAUGAGGAAGAGGGGCCGGUGAAGAGGGAGCCGGUGCUGAGGGCGGGUGCUAUUGCGCAUCCUACCAUGGUUUCGGUGGAAGAUCUCGAGGCUGUGAGGGCACCUGUCUUCAUUGCCGCGGUGCAGGACGACCCUUUAUUUCCGGACGAGGAAGUCCUCACUCCGGGACGCAGGGCCAUGGAGAAGAAUGGCGUAGAGCACGAGAUACAGGUCUUCUCGGGCGUACCUCACGGUUUCGCUGUGCUCGGAGACUACGACGAUCCGAAGAUCAAGCAGUCGCAGCAGGAGGCGUAUGCGCAGAUGUUGGCCUGGAUCCGGGAGCAUUAGCAGUGGAAGAGUUCCGGUGGCACUGUACUGGUGCAUGCAGAUUUUUAUACCCUCAAAAUGCGAAGGUCGCAUGAUUCGAUUCCUUGAAUAA